GCUUAUACGCGCGCGCAUGGGGGUCGGUGCGCUAUUAAAAGAAACGAAUAGACUCGCUGUGCCAACAGUACAGUUCAGUCCUGGAUUACUGGAGAUCAGAAACCGGGUUAGACGAACCAAAGCAUAUGGAGUGACGGAGAGACCAUUGCCAAACCAGAAUCACUUCACGGUGCGAUUGCACAUCUCUUCCAGACCUCGCCAAGAGAUGUGGCUGUUAGAAAAGAUCCGUGGUUCAGUGGAGGGGAACGUUACCCGUCUGGGCGACUCCUCCGACAAACAGGUCAAAGCCCCCACCUACUGCAACGUACUCACUCCAGACAAAAUUCCAGACUUUUUUAUUCCACCCAAACUGGUGUGCUGCCCCCCAGAGGCGGAGACACCGGAGAUGAAGCCCAAAAACGGGCUCCACUCAUCUAGGUCCGAACAGACCAUAUGUUGCAAAACGCCGCAGGCCGGUCAGCGGAGCCCGAGACUAAUUAACAAGCUCGCCGGAGACACAAAGAACUUGCUGAAAGCUGCAAACCGACACAUAAUCCAGAUUGAGAGCGCAGAUGACCUGGUGGUCGGGGAAGGUGGCGACCUCGACACGAAUGCUGACCCGCAGUCCCAGACGGCCAUGUCGCUGCCCUAUGUGCCAAAAGCUCAAACCUCUUAUGGUUUCGCCACGUUAAUGGAGAGUCCUCACACGCGUCGUAAAGAGUCCUUGUUUCACAGCGACCCCACGAGUCCACUCACCUCACCCAACACUCAGCGCAAAUCCCAGGGGAACCACUUGAACCCCAGCAAUUGUAACGUUUCUCAUUCCAACCCCUACAGAUACUUCAGCGGUGGAGAGAGCGACACGUGUUCCUCAGCCGAGUCCUCCCCUUUCAAUUCCCCGCUAUUGUCCCGCUCUGCGUCUCUCCUGAAGAUGUUCACCCACGAGACCCAGGCCAAAGUGUCUCGUGCCAAACGUUCCUUCGCCCGGCACAGUUCUCUUUCCACAGACGAAUGCAGCUCUGUGGAGACCAGCCCGAACAUUCAGCGGCGUUUCCGUUGCCCUCCGUCCCCGGCGUUCCGAGGACGAAAAUCCGGAGGCAACAUGGAUCGCUUCACGCAGCACACCGUCAACCUCCACAAAGGAGGAACCUUGCGCCUCUGCACGGACUAUGACAUGGACGCGGCCAGGCUUCACAUCCGCGUGCUGGCCGCAGAAGACCUUUACGAUAAGCAGUUUGACAUAAAGAGCAUCAAUUGCUGCGUGGCUUUAUAUCUGAACCCAGGAAAGCUCCAGAAACAGCGGAGCACGAUCAUCAAAAACAGCCGCAACCCUGUCUUCAACGAGGACUUCUACUUUGACUCCCUUCCAGUAGCACAGGUGAAAAACCUGGCUAUCAAGAUGAAGGUGGUUAACAAAGGCACCAGUCUGAAGAGAGACACCUUGCUCGGAGAGCGGGAGGUCCCUUUGAAAGAGCUGCUGUCUGGAAUCUAAAACCUGAUUGGGUUUGCCAGCAUGGGACAAACAAAGAUGCAUCUAACACUGCCGACAGUAAAAUUAAGUUGUUUUUAAGUUGAUUUAAAGUUAAGUGAUCCAAUAGUUUAGAGCCUCAAUUGCUUUUGUGCAGAAUGCAUGAGUGAUGGUGUAAGAUCCAGAGCUUAUAAGCGUACGAGCAUCCUCUGAUAGUGUGUGUGUGAGUUCCCAGGGUUUUGUUUUUUUCUCUGAGAUGAACGCUUCUGUAGACUCUGCUGGGUCUUACAUUUGGAGAUGCAAAUAGAUUUAAAAAACAGCUGCCUUUCCACAAAAAGCAGCAGAUUAUCCUUACAGACCGAAGCUUUGAAGUCACCCAAGGCCAGUAACCAGGUGCAACUGAUCUGAUGUAUGAACAUAUCAGUUUCCAAAAGUGAUUAUUUUUUCGCACUGCUCUAUAAUCGUGUUUGACAUUAUGUCUCUAUUUUCCAGACCGAGUAUGAGACUGAUAUUUUUCUAAAGCUGGAUUUACACUGCAGAUCUUGAUACCCAAUUCCGAUUUCUUACUAUAUCCGAUUUUUGACGACCUGUUUACAUCAUCUUUUAAAAGCGACUCGUUUCCGAUAUCAGCAUUUACACUAAACAAUUCAAGGUAGGCAUACUAACCCAGAACAGCUUAAACCCCAGAGGAAGUAAAAUGUCGUCAUAUGCAAUGAACACAGACAAAAUGAUUAUAUAAGACAUGAAACAUCCACUAAGUUGUCCUGUAGUCCUCCAUUGGGCUGCUUAGAAGAGUCAUGAUCGUGGGUGGUGUCCUCCUGAUUCUAGUGAUUUCAUUUGCCAGCGUCACAUUUUCAAUGACGCAUGAUGCAUGGGAAUAUCCAAUCUGUCAUCUUACAUUGUGGACGCAAAUGCAUGUAUCCAAUUCAUGUCCAAUUUAUUUCCACAUGUGAAUGAGGCCUGAAACCGAUGAAGAAUAUCGGAAUCUAUGCGCUUUUUCCUGCUUAAGGGCUACUCGUCGGUUUUCAUAAAUACUACUGUGUUGAUGUCCGCGUCGACGUGCAAUUACACAUGCAGACCACUGGUAUCCAGGCGUGUAACCCACAGUAGCAGUGCAAAAGCCAAAGAAGCAGCAGCUUGGCCAGUAAAACCACAAACGAAGAAGCAGCUUGUUGUGUAUGAUUUGCGAAGACCAGCAGUGAUGGAGGUAAAUAGACAGUGAUCACUCUUCAACCAGCCCAGUCUCACGAAAUUUCGUUAUAUAGUCACAUAUUUUUUGAAUUUCCGCGUUUUUUCGUGAUCAUAUAACGAAUUCCUGUUUUCGUGUGAUUAUCACGUAUUGGUUACUCAACGGUUUUGUCCUAUUUUCUUACCAUUGUCGCUUCGGUUUAGGGUUAGAUUUACAUAAAAUGACAUCCCUACCCAAACCCAACUCUAACCCCAACGCCAGGCGACAUAUAAAAAAAUAAAUCAGAAAAAAUAGUAUAAACCUAUGUAUAAAGUGACAUUCUAAUGCAAGCACCAAAUCUAACCCUAAACCGAAGCGUCAAUGGUUUAAAAA